UUAUCAUGGACAGAUUUCUUCAAAUUACGUAAAGAACAAAGAAAUAUCAACAUUGGUUCCUCUGUGAUCACUGCUUUAAUCGGAUCCACUGCUUCAUGGGGUUAUAUAUCAAAUAUAGAGAUUGAUCCAACUCAAUUAAUCUUUGGGUUUGAUCCAUUUAUGAUUUUCUUUGCAGGUUUUUUAGCAACAACAGGUGUUGGUUAUUUAUUUGGUCCAUUAUUAGGUUCAAUAAUCUUUAAAACUAAAAAUUCUAAAAAAUUACCAUUGUUCAAUGCUAAAAAUAAAAUCUUCUUAUCAAAAAUUUAUAAACAUAGAGUUGAUCCAAGUUUCCAAUCUUUUUCAAAUCCUGUUCCAGAUUAUUAUGGUGAGAAAAUCAAUAGCAUAAAGCAAUAUAAACAAUGGUUGAGAGAUAAUAAUGCCUACAAAAGAAAAACAAAAGAAUUCUUAUAA